UUUCCGACAGCACCUGAAGGCAGCAGCAGGAGCUCUCCACCCGGCGGGCCCACGCCUCCUCCUCCUCCCCCGGGCUCACCUUGCCCAGUGAGCGGCCCGGCCCACAGAGCAGUACCGGGCCCGGGGAGUGGUUGGCAGCUCGUGUGGGUGUGUGUAUGAAGCUUGUGAGCGGGCGUGUGUGUCAGUGUGCCCCCGUGUGAGUUUCCCGCCGGUCGAAGCAUGGAGGAGUUAGCCAGAGAGAGCAUCAGCCUGCUGGCUUCAGCCUCAAACAAGCCCCGGCUGGACGUGGCCGCCGAACCUCGUCUGGGCUCCAUGGGGGCCAUUUUCAUCAUGCUGAAGUCCGCCCUGGGAGCGGGGCUGCUCAACUUCCCCUGGGCCUUCGAGAGGGCCGGAGGCAUCCGCAGCGCAGUUGCGGUGGAGCUGGUGUCCCUGGUGUUCCUGAUCAGUGGUCUGAUCAUCCUUGGCUACUCCUCCUCCAUCAGUGGCCAGUGCACAUACCAGGCUGUGGUGAAGCACGUGUGCGGGCCCGCCAUCGGCCAGCUGUGUGAGAUCUGCUUCGUCAUCAACCUCUUUGUGAUCUCUGUGGCCUUCCUGGUUAUAGUGGACGACCAGCUGGAGAAGUUGUGCGGUUCCCUGUAUGAGCUGAUAUCAGGUUUACCGGAGACUGAGAUGCCAUACCACUUCUACACAGACCAGCGCUUCGCCCUGGUGCUGCUCUGCCUCCUGCUCAUCCUGCCGCUGUCCAUCCCCAAGGAGAUCAGCAUCCAGAAAUACAUCAGUGUUCUGGGAACUGUGGCUGCAACCUACCUGGCAAUUGCCAUCAUCGUCAAAUACCACACCACGCCUUCUGUUAUAGUUCACAUCACCCCUCUCUACACCGGCGGGAUCAGCUCGUGGGCCUCCAUGUUCAGCGUCAUCCCCACCAUCUGCUUUGGCUUCCAAUGCCACGAGGCGUCCAUCGCCAUCUACAGCAGCAUGGAGAACCAGCGGCUCUCUCACUGGGUCUUAAUCUCCGUGGUGUCCAUGAUCUUCUGUCUCAUCAUCUACUCCCUCACAGGGGUUUAUGGGUACCUGACAUUUGGAAAGGACGUGAAAGCAGACAUUCUGAUGUCGUACUCCAGUGAUGACAUUCUGAUGCUCAUCGCCAGACUGCUGUUUGGACUCUCCAUCAUCACCAUCUAUCCCAUCAUCCUGCUGCUGGGCAGAUCCGUGAUCCAGGACCCCCUACUGAGUCGCCGGCGGAGGCGGGACGGCGUGGUGUCUGCGGAGUUCGAAAGCCGCAGCCGCAUCGUCCUGACGGUGCUAUGGAUCGUGGUGACACUGCUCAUCGCCACGUUCAUACCGGAUAUCAGCAAAGUGAUCAGCGUCAUCGGAGGGGUCAGCGCCUUCUUCAUCUUCAUCUUCCCAGGACUCUGCUUGAUGUUUGCCAUGCAGUCUGAGCCGGUCUCCUUCAAAACCAGAGUGGUCCUCACAGGGUGGGGAGGGGUGACCCUGCUCUGCGGAGCCUUCAUCUUCGGACAGAGCACCACCAUCGCCGUCAUGCAGGUCCUCGGGAGGAUGUGAGCCCCUUACCUCUCUAGUUAUGAUCGGCCACGCUGGGCCUAAGAAAUGGCCCCUGAACUAUGAAGAGGCCCCUCCAAAAACUUGCAUCUCAUGGCCUUACAAUGGACUUAACCACACAAAUGCCUAUUUCUCCUUCAGUGUCGAUGUGUGUUGUUUUCAUUUGGCUUUAUUGUUCUUCGUUGCAUACAAACAAAGGCCUCUUGCCAUGCUGAGAUGAUUGAUUGAAAGCCUCAGGUGUUUCUGCCAGUGAUUGUACUUUUGUUGCAUAUUAUUAUUGAAAAUCUGCAUUCAGCCUGCCUGUUUUCAGAAAACAAUUUCAUACAGUCUAUGGGUAAGAUGAAGAGCUUUCAAAAGGCACGUCUGUCAGUUUGUUGAACACCAUAUGAUCACGAAACUGAAUGAUCAGGAAUGUAACAUAAAAUCCAGCUUGACCAUUAUAUAUAAGAAAAAAAGAAACCUGGAAAGCUAUAAUCCUAUGUGCAGGAAACCAGGACAAUGUCCAUCAUGAUAUGUGAUUGUGAAUAUUUAAUAUUUCCUUUUGUUUAGCCACCAGAGUUGACAGGGGUUGCUUGAGCGAGAAUAUUUUGAUGUUUCUGUAAAUUUGGAUGCAAGUGUGUAAAUAAGUCUUGUCAUUUGUAUGUAAAAGGAAAAAAACGCUCUGGUAUUUGAAGAAGUGGUAAACGGUGUAUAAAGUAGUGAACUUGAAGUACAUUUCAAGUAAAUGAAAAGAUAAUAAAUAAAAUAAUUUUUAUAUGAAACCUU